GGGAUGGACUGCUUGAGCUCGUUCUCUACUCCUCCUCCUCCUGCAUCCUCAGCAUCUCUGCCGUUCAUCCCUUAUGCAUAGAACGUACAUACAGAGGGAAAAGGCGCUGGGAUACCCCCAGCAUGGACCCCCACCCGUGAGGGCAAUGGGAGACCAGACCGGUGUGGGUGGUGGGAGAGUGCCGGCCAACCCUGAGCCCGAGAUGGAGGCCAGGAUCCAAAAAGCGGUGGAGUUCAAGACUGAAGGCAACCGAUGCUACAAGGACAAAAAAUUCCGGGAUGCUAUAGGCAAGUACCACCGGGCCCUGCUGGUGCUGAAGGGUGUCCAUGAAGACGGGGAGGAGAGGAAGGCCAAUGGCGGAGGUGGCACAAGGUUGACGGAGGCUCAGAAGGUGCGGGUGGAGGCCACGGAGAUCGAGUGUUACGACAGCCUGACUGCCUGUUUGCUGCAAUCCGAGCUGGUAAACUACGAGCGGGUGAAGGAAUAUUGUCUGAAGGUGCUUGAGAAACAAAACAGCAACUUUAAAGCCACAUAUCGAGCCGGAAUCGCCUUCUACCACUUGGGAGACUAUGGCAAUGCUCUGCUCUAUCUCAAGGAAGCUCGAAGCCGGGAGCCUACAGACACCAACGUUCUUCGCUACAUCCAGCUGACAGAAAUGAAAGUGCAGAGGUCAUACCAACGGGAACGGAAAGGAUUUAAGGAGGUGAUCGGAUAGCCCAACGUUAGAUCGACUCCUAAGCUUCACUAGACUUGUAUGUUGAGAUACUGUGAGGAAGAGCAUGGUGGCUGAUACUGAGCAUUGCCCUGCGCGAUCCUCCACAGUCAUUCUCUUCAUCAAGAGACCACACUAUAGGAGAAUAAUGCAGCUCUGGCACUUUAUAUAAAUUAUUUAAUGAAAAAGAUUAUUUUAUAAAUCUAUUUGCCUUUUGACUACCUAUAAUGUGUCAAUGCAUGCAUCAGGUGUUUAUGUGUAUGUGUGUGUUUUUAUAUGAUGACGUGUAUAGAUAACACACACAUAUAUAUAGGACAUAUUCGUAUUAGGACGGGUCAUGCUCAGUAGCUCUGGAGGCAGCAUGCUGAUUUAAAGGAAGCCCCCAACCUCAGCUCUCAUCCAUGCCAUAUUGCAUACAAGGAUAGCCCCAAUGACAGAGCGUCCCAUAAGUUACUACAAGCAAACGGACUGCCUCAACUUCCACCCAUGUAAAUCGGAGACAUUAAAGUAGUUAUCAGGGAAUUUUUAUAUAUAUAUAUAUAUAUAUAUAUAUAUAUAUCAACUGG